AUGUGCGACAUCUUUGGAUCGGCACCCUGCGUGCUAGGCUACGCCCCUGCGCCUACGCCGGUCGCUGAGCCCGUUGCGCCUGUGACCGAGCCCACCGACGUGUGUUCCAACGGGAUCCCCGGCGUCCAGUCAGGGGUCUCUUGCUGUCUCGCGGAGUGCGGUGGAUGCGGCGGGUCUGGCUGCGCUGAGCUUGGUGGCGGCCUUGGCGAGCACAACUGCUGCGAGGGCGAGAUCGAGGAAUUCGGCGAGCUCUGCUCUAUCAAACUCGAGGCGCCAUGUGUCGUAGACGCCUCCGCGCCUGCGCCUUCGCCGGUCGCCGAGCCCGUUGCCCCUGUGACCGAGCCCACCGACGUGUGCUCCAACGGGUUCCCCGGUAUCCAGUCCGGGGUCUCUUGCUGUCUCGCGGAGUGCGGCGAAUGCGGCGGUCGCGGGUGUGGUGAGUUCGGUGGAGGCCUCGGGGCGGACAAGUGCUGCGAGAGCGACAUCGAGGAAUACGGCGAGCUCUGCUCCAUCGCACUCGCGGCGCCGUGCUACAUCGACGAUGGCGCGGCUGACGACGACAAGCACUAGGACGCCGUGGUGACGAGAUCGGGGGAAUGUGCCUCAGAGGUACCUGGGCUGUUCGCCAACAUUCUGCGCGCUGUUCUUUCGAGGUGAUCUUUUCGAUCGGGAUUUCACGAAGUAGAUGGGCACAGCACGGAGUGCCAGGAGGCAUCAGCAGCUCUUCCGGCAGGAGGCCGACAUUGCACUCCAUCCAGCACGUGCCAAUGCUGGAGAACACGGACGGACACAGUAGACGUAGGGAACUUGGAUAUUUCCUAGCCUGUAAUUGUUUGCUCUUGAUGGUGUUUAUUAGUUCUGUACCAUGUAUGCAUAGGAGAGGCGAUGCUGCCUUAUCAUGAGACUGGAGCUGUCCGCUAGAAGUUGGGUUCGCAGAGAAGGCGGAGGGUUCUCAUUUACAUCAUGUCCCUUGGCGUUAAAUACCACCAGCCGGUUAUUUUACGUCGAACGAGUGGGAUAGUCCAGUAGCGCUCGUCCGACCCAAAAAGCAGGGGCUCCUCUCUCGAGUCUCUCUACAUGU